AUGGCGUCAGCUUCAGUCUUGACCUUUCUCCUUGUGGCGCUGUCAUUUGACAUCGCAGCUGCCGGUAUCGCAGAAGGUGGAAAUGUUCCCACCAGCACUUCUUGGUCGAAUGACCCUUAUGGCAUCCCAACGUCUACCUCCUGGUCUACCUCUUGGUCAACCUCUUGGCCGACCUCAUCGUGGCCAAGCUCCUCGUGGUCAAACUCAUGGUCAAGCUCGUGGUCAACUUCAUGGUGGACGACGACGACUUCUACCAGCACCUCCACCACCACUUCAGCCAGCCCCACCCCAACAGACGACUGCACCGGCGAAUUCUACAAGGCCAACAGUUUCUGCGGCUGCUCUUACUACACGUUUUGUGGUGUCGCGGGCAUCUACUCGAUAGGCGCCGUAGAACUGGGGUCUUACUCGCUAGACGGCGUCAUUGAAAACCACGUCGAGUACUGUUCGGACGAGUGCGACAAUAACAAUCUCUGCAUGAGUGCCGUCAUCGAUAUCACAACGCAGACGUGCUAUCUUUACGACGAGCUCCCGUCGACCACAGUAGGAGAUACCAACUACGACUUGCUCGAGAGGGCGAACGGCGGGGCCGGUUCCUGCACCAAUGACAUCAACAACGUCUGUCUCCCCAGCAGUUGA